AUGCCCUACCAUUCUCUUUCACUCCCCUGCUCCUCUCCUCAUUCUUCUCUCUCUCUCUUUCUCAUUCUGUCCCCCUUCUCUCUCUUAGCUCCCUUCUCUCCUCUCGGUAGUGAGACCGUGGUGAAGUUUGAUCCCUAUGGCGACGGGAUGGGACGCUACAACAUCUUCAGUUACCAGCACAACGCUGAUCGCUACGGAUACGUGCCCAUCGGUGAGUGGGCAGAGACUCUGAGCCUGAGCAGCGAUCUGAUUCGCUGGCCAAGGGAGGUGGUGCCCCCAUCCCAAUGCAGCGACCCGUGUGCCCGCAACGAGAUGAAGAAGAUGCAGGCUGGUGAGGAACACACACACACACACACAUAGGGCUUUAAGCAGAUCUAGUGACAGCACUAGUAGAACUUUAAGUGUAAUUUGUUUUGGAAGAAGGAAAUGAUUGGAGCAGCUGGCUCUCAUGUAAACAUCCAUGUUUCCUUUUCUGACAUAAACGCUGCCUAAGGUAAUGUAUUUGUUUUAUUCCUGUAUCUUGUAGGAGAGUACUGUUGUUGGAUCUGUACGGCGUGUGAGGCUCAUGAGUACCUAGCUGAUGAGUUUACCUGUUCACCCUGCGCCCCUGGCCAGUGGCCCAGUGAAGACAUCACUUCCUGUUACGACCUGCCUGAGGACUACAUCAUGUGGGAGGACGCCUGGGCUAUCGGACCAAUCAGCAUCGCCAUUGUUGGGUGAGAAGUUAGAGGAGAGGAAGAGGGAUAGUCUCAUCAGUUGGCAUAGGUCUAAAGUGCAGGCUUUUGUUCAGGACCAGCACUAACACUAGACGCAUUUCCCAAAGGGGAUUCAACAAUGUAAACCGAAACUGAUCUACUCUCCAUGUGCAGGUUCCUGUGUACAUCUCUGGUGUUCUGGGUGUUUGUGAGACACAACAGCACACCCCUGGUGAAGGCGUCAGGCAGAGAGUUGUGUUACAUUCUACUGCUGGGUGUCUUCAUGUCCUACUCCCUCACCUUCCUCUUCCUGGCCAAGCCCUCGCCUGCUAUCUGCGCCAUGCGACGCCUCGGCCUCAGCACCUCAUUCGCUGUCUGCUACUCCGCCCUGCUCACCAAGACCAAUCGGAUCGCCCGGAUCUUCAGCGGGGUGAAGGACGGGGGCGGGACCACGAAGCCACGCUUCAUAAGCCCCACGUCUCAGGUCAGAGGUCAUCCUAGCUGUCAGAAGAGGGGGGAGAGAAGAGGGAGGGAGGGAGAGAAGAGAUGUACGGAGAGAUAGAGGAAUGGAGGUAGGGAGAGAUGGAAGGAGGGGAGAGAUGGAGGCAGGUUAGGGAUGGAUAAUUUAGAUGAUGAUGGUGUAGCUCUUCUCUCUCUCUCUCUCUCUCUCUCUCUCUCUCUCUCUCUCUCUCUCUCUCUCUCGAUCUUUCUCUUCCCCCCCCAGGUGUUUAUCUGUCUCAGUCUGAUAUCAGUCCAGUUAGUGAUGGUGUCAGUGUGGUUGCUGCUGGAGGUUCCUGGUACCAGGAGGUUUACGUUACCAGAGCGACGGCAGACAGUGAUCCUGAAGUGUAACGUCCGUGACUCCAGCAUGCUGCUGUCGCUAGGAUACGACGUGCUCCUGGUCAUCCUGUGUACUGUGUAGGUGGUGCGGAGGUGGUGUGUGUGUCUAUGUGUGUAGACUUCUGAAGGUUUAUAAUUGUGUUUAUUGCAUAAGACUUGGAGGUUUGUUUAUUCUUUCGUUCUUUUCGUCUCCUUUAUCGGAUCCUAGGUACGCCUUCAAGACCAGGAAGUGUCCAGAGAACUUCAACGAGGCUAAGUUCAUAGGUUUCACCAUGUACACAACCUGUAUCAUCUGGCUAGCCUUCCUGCCCAUAUUCUACGUCACAUCCAGUGACUACAGGGUGAGAGCAAGGUUCAUACAUAAACACACAUACUGUAUGUACACAACCAUUAUAUUCACCAUAAACAAACAUAAGGGCAAACUUUUUAAUAAGACACACUGCUGUCUUCCACUGUCGCUGGCUGCAGGAUAUCUGUCCUGACAGGUCAUGCUAACUGUUUUAUGGGCACCCGUAUAAUAAUGUUAAUCCAAGAAGCAGUCCCUCACAGACAGAACUGCCAGGUACUGACAAACUGUCGACGAGCAGAGCAAGAGGAGGGUAUGUGUUUACCUGAUCCUUACAAAUCACACACACACACACACACACACAGCCUUAGGCUGUGGAAAGAAUUGCUUUGGCCUUGGUAAUCUGACUUGUGAGGUAGAGAGAGACACACAAACACCAUGGCCUUGCCUGUGAGAUGGUGUGUGUGUGUGUGUGUGUGUGUGUGUGUGUGUGUGUGUGUGUGUGUGUGUGUGUGUGUGUGUGUGUGUGUGUGUGUGUGUGUGUGUGUGUGUGUUUGCGUGCGUGCGUGUGCGCUUGUACAUGAAGCGGGUACACGCACAUUUGUGUGUGCUUUUGUGUCUGUUCAUGCAUAUGUCCAUAAAAAGCAUCCUCUCUUCCUUCCUCUGCACCUCUGUUCCAUGGCGUUACCAUGCUCUCUGUCUCCCUCUACAGGUCCAGACCACCACCAUGUGUAUCUCUGUCAGUCUCAGUGGCUUCGUGGUGCUGGGCUGUAUGUUCGCUCCCAAGGUCCACAUCAUCAUGUUCCAACCACAGAAGAAUGUCACCAGCCUCCGCCUCAAUAUCAACCGCUUCAGUGUCAGUGGUCCUGCCACCACAUACGCUUCACACGGUAUGGUUAAGUUACAGUCAGAGACACUGACCACUGAGCAUGGUUCGUUAUCUAGCCAAGGUGGAAUUGAACUCAAUUUCCCAUUUUUCUUAAUCUCUCUCUCUCUCGCUCUCUCUCUCUCUCUCUCUCUCUCUCUCGCUCUCUCUCUCUCUCCAGCAUCAGUGAGUGCCCAGUACGUACCGACAGUGUGUAAUGGGAGAGAGAUUGUCGACUCCACCACUUCCUCUCUGUGACCACACCCACUCACCUCUCUAACCCUGCCCCCCAGAGACUGUUAGCAAAUAGGAACACAUUAUGUCCCCGUCCCCUCCUCCCACCACGUGGACUAGAACAGUACUGUUUCACGUCUGUAGAAAGUGUUUAUUAUUACAUUGUUUUCUAGUGCUGUACAUAUAAUGGAAUCGAAAUUGUUGUAGAGAAACAAAAGAACCAAAACAAUUUUGUAGGAGGAUUUUUUUAGCCUUUGUUUUGAAUAGUUUUGUUAAGACGAUGUGUACAUAAAUAACUGUGCACUGGGUUGUGAUAGGAGAGUGUGUGUGUGUAUGUGUGUUAGGGUUGUGAAAG